AUCCCAAAACUGUAACACGGUUUGUCAGUUACCAUCCGUGGUCCUGGCUGGUCACUACCCAACUAAAGCGCGUAGAACCGAUACGGCAUGGGGAAGAGAGGACUUCAUUUCCAGAUGGACUGGAAUUAAUCAUCUAGUUUUUUUUUUUUGUUGUUUUUACUUUUUUAAAAUAAGAACCAUUGUGGUUAAGUUUAUUUAAAGACGAAGAGGAGCUACAUUUCUGUGCUUGCUGUGCUUUCAGAAAAGUACAUGUGCCCAAAUGGCAGGGGCACAACCAGGAGUUCAUGCGCUACAGCUUAAACCUGUAUCGGUACCGGAGAGUCUGAAGAACGGAAACAAAUUCAUGAAAUGGGAGGAUGAUUCUACUAUUGUGACUCCUGUAACAUUACAGGUGGACCCCAAGGGCUACUUUCUGUAUUGGACUGAUCAGAAUAAGGAGACAGAACUUCUGGACAUUACUUAUAUCAAGGAUGCUAGAGCAGGGAAAUAUUCCAGGACACCAAAGGAUGCUAAAGUGCGGGAGCAGCUGGGUAUGGCCACCCAAGUGGGGAAGACGGAGAACAGAAUGCUGACAGUGGUGAGUGGCCCAGACAUGGUCAACAUCACCUACUUGAACUUCAUGGCUUUUCAAGAGGAGGUGGCCAAGGAGUGGUCUGAAGAGCUGUUUAGCUUGGCCUCAAACCUCCUCGCUCAGAACAUGUCCCGUGAGGCCUGUCUAGAAAAAGUGUAUACUAGACUGGUGCUCCAGCUCACUCCUGAGGGAUGUAUUCCUGUCAAAAAUAUCUUCCGGGUGUUCUCAACAGACAGGAAACGAGUUGAGAAUGCUUUGGAGAUCUGCAGCCUUCCAUCUGGCAGAAAUGAUGUAAUCCCCCAGGAACAGUUCACUCCUGACAUAUACAGAGUGUUUCUCAAUAGCAUCUGUCCCAGGAAGGACAUCGAUACCAUCUUUUCAGAAAUUGGUGCCAAGAGCAGACCAUACCUCACAGUAGAGCAAAUGACAGACUUCAUCAACAAUAAACAACGGGACCCAAGAUUAAACGAGAUCCUGUACCCACCUCUGAAGCCUGAGCAAGUGCAAGUGUUGGUGGAGAAGCAUGAACCUGACACCAUGCUCUACCAUAGAGGGCAGAUCUCUGUGGAGGGUUUUGCCAGGUAUCUAAGUGGAGAGGAGAACAGUACCAUCCCUCCUGAGAAGCUGGACCAGAGUGAAGACAUGACACUCCCUCUCUCGCACUACUUCAUCAACUCCUCCCACAACACCUACCUCACAGCGGGGCAGCUGGCAGGGAACUCCUCGGUGGAGAUGUACAGGCAGGUGCUGCUGUCCGGCUGCCGCUGCGUGGAGCUGGAUUGCUGGAAGGGCCGGACUGCAGAGGAGGAGCCUGUCAUCACCCACGGUUUCACCAUGACCUCCGAGAUCUCCUUUAGGGAAGUGAUCGAGGCCAUUGCCGAGAGUGCGUUCAAGACAUCCCCUUUCCCUCUCAUCCUCUCAUUCGAGAACCACGUGGACUCCCCCAAGCAGCAGGCUAAAAUGGCUGAGUACUGCAGAUCAAUAUUUGGAGACGCUCUGCUCACUGAACAGCUCGAGAAAUACCCACUGGAAGCAGGGGUUCCUCUGCCCAGUCCUCUUGACCUCAAGGGUAAGAUCCUCAUCAAGAACAAGAAGAACUCCCACAAGGAGGAUGGCAGCACAAAAAAGAAGCUUUCCGAGCAGACCUCUAACACAUGCAGUGACACGUCCAGCAUGUGUGAGCCAUCGUCCCCCAGCGCAGGCUCUUUAAAUCAAGAGCUACCGGACUGUAGUCAAGCAAGCUCAGAGACCAAUUACAUCAGGCUGCAGGGAAGAAAGAAUACUGGUGAGGUUGAGGCAGAAAGUGAGGAUGACGAUGACGAAGAUGAUUACUGUAAAAAAUCUAUGGAAGAGGGGACUGCAGGCAGUGAAGCAUUUGCCACAGAGGAGAUGUCCAACCUAGUCAACUAUGUCCAGCCAGUCAAGUUCUAUUCUUUUGAGGCCUCUAAAAAAACUAACAGAAGCUAUCACAUGUCAUCGUUUGUGGAGACCAAGGCACUGGAGCAGCUCACAAAGUCUCCUGUGGAAUUUGUAGAAUAUAACAAACUCCAACUUAGCCGCAUCUACCCCAAAGGCACCAGGGUGGACUCCUCCAACUACAUGCCUCAGGUGUUCUGGAAUGCUGGAUGUCAGCUGGUAGCAUUGAACUUCCAGACUAUAGAUCUAGCCAUGCAGCUGAACCUCGGCAUGUUUGAGUACAACGGAAAGUGCGGCUACAAGCUAAAGCCUGAGUUCAUGAGGAGGCCUGAUAAACACUUUGACCCCUUCACUGAAAGCACAGUGGACGGCAUUGUAGCACACACACUCUCUGUGAAGAUAAUAUCAGGACAGUUCUUGUCUGAUAAGAAAGUUGGCACAUAUGUGGAGGUGGAAAUGUUUGGUCUGCCGGUGGAUACCAAACGAAAAGCUUUUCGGACCAAGACCUCCCCAGGCAAUGCUGUCAACACUGUGUGGGACGAGGAGCCCAUAGUCUUUAAGAAGGUGGUUCUUCCAACCCUCGCUUCUUUGAGAAUAGCUGUGUAUGAGGACAAUGGAAAGAUGAUCGGUCAACGCAUCCUCCCAGUAUAUGCCAUUCGACCUGGUUACCAUUAUAUAGGACUGAGAAAUGAGAAGAACCAGACACUAACACUGCCGGCUGUUUUUGUCUACAUUGAAGUGAAAGACUAUGUCCCUGACACAUUCGCAGAUGUGAUUGAGGCACUGUCCAAUCCUAUUCGCUACAUCAACCUGAUGGAGCAAAGAGCCAGUCAGCUUGCAGCUCUCACACAGGAGGAGGGGGGACAGGAGGUGAACAACAAGGAGGCAGAUAUUGGUGGGGAGCCAGUGGCUGAGCCGAAGAGUGAGACCCCCCGUGCCCCCGCAGAGAACGGAACCAACCACACCCCACUCAUCUCCCCCAGGCCAUCAUCACUGGCCAGCCACCACACCCACUCCACAGGAUCUGUGAAACCAGUUAUCAGGACUGAAGAUUUGAUUCAGAGUAUUCUGACAGAUGUGGAGGCUCAGACCCUGGAGGAGUUGAAACAGCAGAAGGCUUUCAUGCGAGAGCAGAGGAAGCAGUAUAAAGAGCUAAAGGAUCUGGUGAAGAAGCACCAUAAGAAGACCACUGAGCUAAUAAAAGAUCACACAGCCAGGCAGAGCGAGCUGCACGCUGAGCACACACGGCGCCAAUCAGCUCUGCACAAGAGCGCCAAACGCGAUGGUAAGAAAAGGUCAGGUGCCGAGCAUGCAGGGUCAGCGGUGGAGGAGGAGCUGGCAGCCCUGGAGCAGGAGAGUGCUCGCAGGCUGGCUGAGCUGAAGGGCCAGCAGCAGCAGCAGCUGCUCACGCUCCGACGGGACCAGUACUACAGCGAGCAGUAUCUCAAAGGCAAACACAUCAAACAGCUGGUUGAGAAAUUGACCGCUGUUGCUGAGGAGUGUCAGGGUAACCAGCUGAAGAGACUGAAGGAUCUCUGUGAGAAGGAAAAGAAAGAUUUGAAAAAGAAAAUGGAUAAAAAGAGACAGGAGAGGAUAAAUGAGGCAAAGUCAAUCGAAAAUAAUCUAACAGAAGAAGAAAAGCUGGAGAUCAACAGGUCACAUGUGAACGAGGUUGUACAGUACAUAAAAAGGCUGGAAGAUGCUCAAAGCAAACGGCACGAGAAGCUCCUGGAGAUGCACAAGCUCAUACGGCAGCAAAUCGUGGACGAGAAACCGAAGCUUCAAAGCGAGCUGGACCAGGAAUACCAGGACAAGUUUCGGCGACUUCCAGUGGAAAUCCAGGAGUUUGUACAGGAUACUACUAAAGGCAAGAUGAGUAAUGAGUGUGAGCAGAGCUCCCUUAGCACAUCCAGCAAUGCCAAGAAGCCCAACCACAAAACUGUCCAAUCAGAGGAGGAGUUGGAGGAGGACUCAUCGGAUAAGGUGUUAGAUACACCCCUCUAGCUACACUCUGGCCUUCACAUUUCAAUUGUGGUUAUGUUAUGUGAAUAUAUUGUGUAAUGUCUGUAUUUCUGUUGUUUAAUUUAAUUUAAUGUGCACUUUUUGUUCCCAGCAUCUGUAGAAUUUGUUGGCAAUGUUGAAGAGAUGACUUACUUGAAUAACAGCAAAAUUCAAUUAUUCAGUUUUUAUUGAAAUUGAAGUUUUAAAAGUUUUAAAAACUAAAUACAUGGUUAUGCUGCUUAUGUUUGGGUUUAAAUAAGAACCAGGGAUUAUAAUGUGUAGAUUUUCAUUGUUUAGCAAUGAAUUUAUUCUGUGCAGUUAUUUGUAGGGCAAUCUACAAAAUCAUUUGAAAGUAAGCCCAUAUAAAUAGUUGUAUGUUUAGGCAGCAAUGUCUUCCCAUGCAUGAGCAUUAAGGUUUUUCCUUUGUAUUCACAGAUGGCUAACAGGGUGUCCCCCUCACCCACUGUCUCUGCUAGAUUACAUGUUGAGUGUUUUUUUGAAAUUUGGGGUUAUUUGUUGUUCUUGCUUUCUUUUUUAUAUUUGUCUAAAUUUAAAUUUAACUAAUUGUACACUUAGCUAACGUAACCCAACAGAGAGUAAGUCAUACAAUUGUGUGUUUGUGUACACUAAAUGUUACUUAUGGAGCAGUGAAGGAAAACAUAUACAUUCUCAUAGAUGUAAGUCAUCUAAAAAGGAAUAGAAAGACCCUUAUUAUGUUAAUGAGCACAAUGGAAGAACUGAGAAAAAAACUCUUUGAUUCUUGCCCUUAGAGAUGUCUUUAGUGAGCCCUUAGAGGUUUUAAAAAUAGAUUCUAAAAGUAUACUUUAAUGUUUUUCUUUAAUGUUCAGAAAAUGAACAAAGGUCUUGAAUAUGUAUUCUUGCUAAUGAUUUCUCAUUUGUCUGGAACAGUCAAGAUUGGCUUCUUUGGUGCAGGCAAAGGAAUUUUGUAAUUAGAGUUCAGAGCUUUGAGAUGCAUGCUAAAUGCUAUUCUAUAUCUGCGACUGUCUCAGAUACUUUCAACCCAACUGUGGCAAUCAAUCUCUCUUGACAUAAUAUGAAAUUGUGAAAAUAUUGACAACUGUAGUAAUAAUUAAGAAAAAUAUAUUUUAGAAAUGUAAAGGUCCAGACCAUGUCCAAAGAUAUCUGUUUAUAAAAAAAAAAAAAAAAAAAAAAAAAAAAACCAGAAAAAAAAGUCCUCUUGGUGGUAUGAUAUAGAGUAUGGAGAGGGAGAGGGAGAGGGAGAGAGAGAGAGAGAGAGAGAGACUGUUUUAUUAGAGCUUGUCAAGCCUCAUAUUUGAAGCAUUGUAUUACUUCUAUAGAUGGGCAUCUUACAAAGCACUUUCGUAAAAAAAUAAUCACUUGACAAUGGACAUUAUUUGUCCUUUAGAAUGUAUUCCAGGAUAAAAUCACUGUUCUAAUAUAAUAGCAAUGAAUGCUAACAUAUAUCCUAUGGAAGACCAUUUACACAAUUACAUGCCAGUAUCACCAGAGGAAAAAAGGACAGAAAACAAUUACCAUUACAACCUGGUUGUCCAUAAUUUUCAGUACAUUGGAAAAAAGCAGCACUUGGUCUAAGAUGUAGUAUUGUUUUAAACUACACUUUAAAGCAUAAAUAAAAUGGCUUAGUUAGUGAUGGUUAUGUGGGUUUGGGUUUGAACGACAGCUAUCGACAGCUAAAAACAUGCUAAUGAAAACUUAAGAGACGUGACAUAGAUUGGUACGAUGGAUUUGGCAUGUUGAUCUGUGCCACCCCUAAUACCGACUAAUAUUAAUACCUGCAAUAUUACAGGUUCUAUGGUAUAGCUUAUAUGCAUAGAAGGAGGCUGUUGAGGUCGAAUGUAGGUAUAUGGGAAAGAUCAUUUUCUACUUGGACCGUGAAAUUUUUAAAUACAUCUUGUUUUAGGUUCCCAACAUCCUAAUUGGCUGUAUUAAACACAUAUUUACCACAUUCAAAAGGUGGUAAAGUUCAGAGUCAUUUUAAUUCAAUCAAAAAUGCUUUUAAUUUUUGUUUUUAAGGAUAAAAAACCUCAAUUAUUUUAUGACUAAGAACCAAUGUUGCAUUUUUCAAUGUUUCUUGGUUGUAAUGACUAGAUAAAUAUAGGUAAAGAUACAUCAUCCGUAACUAAGUCACAGAAAACAGUGAAAAUAUUAAAUGUAGUUUCAGUGUUUUGUGCAUGAUUGCUAUUUAGCAUGACAGUGGUCCAGAGAAAGAUUUGCUUAGCCUACUGUACAGCUGAGUUAAAGGCUACAGUGCCUGGAGCUAUUUUAAAAAAAAAUGUAAUAAGUGUACAGUAAUAAGCAUUGAUUUCUAAUUUUUGAGAGAUUUUUGCCAUGAUGUGUGUCCUUUGCCCUUUGAUAUGUUUGGCCUGUCAAAUGUGUGAAAUGUAUCAGUGUGUAAAAUUGUCAUUGUAACAGGAGGAAUAUGUAGUGUUGUAUUUCUAUAUGUCUUUUAAUGAAAAGAUAGUGUGCACUUUUAAUACAAUAGUACUACUGAGUAAAGUUUGUGAUUAGCAGUAUCUGAGGGUAAAACUUUAGUAUUGGCCAUUUUAAUUUUCUCUGUGUUGGUUGUUUUUCUUCUUAGGCAUAAAGGUAUUGGAUGUAUGCGGUCUUGAGAGGACAUUAAGAAAAAUGUGACCAGAAAACCAUUAGGACAAAAAUUAAAGUAAAAUGACAAAUACUUGUGAAUAAAAUAAAUGUUAAUUAUAUAUGUA